CGGCCGUAAAUCUAGCUGUGCUUCCUAGCUUCUCGUGUUAGAGUUCGAGCUCUCACUUACUUGCGCGAUCAUGUCGAAAAAACCAGGCGACGCCGUGCUCGAGGACAGCCUUGGCAAUGGCGAUGUACUCGACGACGCCGAUCUUGUGACGUCAGAGAAGCGGGGGACUGAAUUUGAUACUCGGGACAUGAACCGCAUGGGCAAAUUGCCACAAUUGAGACGGAACUUUCGCUUCCCAUCCAUCUUCGGAUACUCGGUGGUCCUCGGUGCAACCUGGGAAUUCGCACUCGUCAUCGUGGCUCUCUCGUUGACCAACGGGGGGACAGCCGGUGGCAUUUGGAUGUUUUUCGUUGUUUGUGUGGGAAUGUACUUCGUGGUCCUAUCCAUGGCGGAAAUGGCCUCGAUGGCGCCAACCUCCGGAGGACAAUAUCACUGGGUUUCUGAGUUUGCGCCGCCGAAGUAUCAGAAAUUCCUCAGCUACAUGGUCGGUUGGUUUGCUGUGAUUGGAUGGCAAGCCGCCAUGGCCAGUAUUUCCUUUGCGUGUGCUCAACAAUUUGAAGGGCUCAUCGCUUUGAAUGUACCCAAUUAUGUUGUUCAAGGAUGGCAUGGAACCCUCCUUAGUAUUGGUGUCACUAUCUUUGCUAUGGUGUGGAACACUGUGCUCGUGAGAAAGCUUCCCUUGGUCGAAGGCAUUAUAGUCAUCCUACACAUCUUCGGAUUCUUUGCCUUCGUCGUCGUUUUGUGGGUCAUGGCUCCACGGUCCGAUCCUAAAGAAGUCUGGACCGACUUCCAGGACAAUGGCGGUUGGGGAAGUAUUGGUCUAUCUUGUCUGGUUGGCAUGACCGGUCCCGUUAUUACCUUGAUUGGAGCAGAUUCAGCAUGCCACCUGUCCGAAGAGCUGAAAGACGCCUCAUACGUGCUUCCAAGGUCCAUGGUAGCCACUGCCACUGUGAACUAUAUUCUGGGAUUUGUCAUGACAAUUACCGUCAUGUCAACUCUCGGUGAUGUAACCUCAGUCCUCACCACCACGACCGGCCAGCCCUACAUCCAAGUUGUCUUGAAUGCGACUCAGUCUCGUGUUGGGACAUCGAUCCUGACGGCACUAGUAGCUAUUUUGCUCCUAUUCUCAGCUGUCAAUUUGGUCACAACAUCUUCUCGCCAGCUCUUCGCCUUCGCCCGGGAUAAGGGACUUCCCUUUUCAAGUACCCUUGCCUAUGUACGUCCAAACUGGGAUAUUCCUCUAAACGCUGUGCUGGCAACUUUGAUGUUCAGCACACUCCUCAGUCUUAUCAUCAUCGGCUCCACCAUCGCGUUCAAUAUCAUCAUCUCAAUCGGUCAAGUUGGGACCGUCGCCUCGUACAUUGUUGCUAUCGCCUGCAUUGCGAGGAAGCGAAUAAUGGGAGAAACCCUUCUACCAUCUAGAUUCAGCCUUGGACGAGCCGGUCUAGCGAUCAACACCAUUGCGCUAUGCUUCUUGACUCUGGCAUUUGUGUUUCCCUUCUUCCCGGCUUCCCCGCAUCCGAAUGCAGCGGCAAUGAAUUGGAAUAUUCUAAUAACGGGAUUCGUUAUCGUCGUAGCGCUCAUAUACUACUUCCUCAAAGCAAAGAACAUAUACCGUGGGCCGGUUGAGUACGUCAAGCGAUUAUCACAAUAGAAGAAACGAAAUUGUCUUGAACUUGUCUUUCGUCGCUUUCCUGUGGGAUCCUUCUUGCAUUAAUAGUUCUCUCAACAGCUUGCCUAGCAACACUCUCUAGGUAGCCCUAGGUGAGACAGCAACUAUCGUACGAUGCAUUCACCGAGCCGGCAUUAGACGCGCGUUCUUGCUUCUCAUACAUCCCUAUAGCAGGUUGCAUUUUUCUUGAAAAGACCACUUUCUACCUUUCCAAUCGGC